AAAUCAAAAUUCAGCACACAUGACUCUUUUUGAGAUUAUAGAGUUUCUCAAACCUAGAAAUUGAAACCCUGCAUAUUAGACAACAUCUUUGGAGCUCUUAUGAUACCUUAACAUUCAUUCACAAUCUCCAAAUUCUGAGACCAUGCGGUAACCCAUUCAUUGUUAUGUGAUAGAAAUUUCAAUGUUGAAUCAUUUUGAAGAAGUUUGAACUGUGAACAUUCUGUGGAAUUGUGCACACAAUCCCCCCAAACAAACUGAAACUCAGUAAGUAAAUCAUUCAUUCAUCAUUAUUUCAUUACCAAUGUAUCAUUUUCUCAUUGCUAGAUUCACUCAUACUCAUAGAACCCUUCACAGACACAAUACUUUUUCUCUUUUCUCUGUUGUUUGCAACACAGAUCAACAUAAAGGUGACACCUUUACAUUGUUAAGUCUCAUAAACUCAUGUGGGUUGUCCCCUGAAAAAGCCCUUAAACUUUCAACAAGGUUGCAACUCAUAAACCCUAAUGGCCCAAAUGCUGUUAUUCAACUUUUCAGAAGCUAUGGUUUCUCUGAUUCUCAGUUAUCAAGCCUUGUUAAGAAACACCCUUUUGUACUUUUAUCAAAAUCUGAUAAGACACUUUUGCCAAAGCUCAAGUUUUUGCAAUCCAUUGGGGCUUCAACCAUUGAUUUCCCCAAAAUCUUGAUUGGUGACAAGUUUUUGACAGCAAGCUUAGAGAAAACAAUAAUACCUCGUUACAAGAUUCUUAAAAGCCUAGUUUGCGAUGAUAAAAAGGUAGUUUUAGCUUUGAGGCGUGGAUCAUGGAACUUUUAUAAUGAUUCCAUGGUUAAUGAUUCUGUUCCGAACAUUGAGGUUUUGAGGAAGCUUGGUGUACCUCAAAGUUCUAUUUCCAGUUUGGUAUCCAAUUUUCCUUGUGUAGCAUUCACCAAGCAUUCUAGAUUUGUUGAGGCUGUUAAUUCAGUCAAAGAAAUGGGGUUUGAUCCUUCGAAGUUGUAUUUUGUUUUGGCGAUUCGAGUGAUUGUAAGUAUGGACAAAGAAAUUUGGGAAUCAAAAUUUAAGAUUUUCGAGAAGUGGGGCUGGUCAAGAGAUAUUUGUCGUUUCGCUUUCCUAAAGUAUCCUGAGUAUGUGAUGAUCUCAGAGAAAAAAAUUAUGAAAACAAUGGACUUCUUGGUGAAGGAUGUGGGUCUUGCACCAGAAGACAUUGCUACAUGCCCUGGGAUUCUGACCCGCAACUUGGAGAAGACACUUGUCCCUAAAUGUGCUGUUAUCAAGAUUUUGAAGUCAAGAGGUUUAGUAAAGAGUGGUUUGCGUGUAAGUACCUUUAUUAUGACAAGUGAGGAAAAGUUUGUGCAGAAAUAUGUGACCCCAUUUCAGAAAGAUUUGCCAUUGUUAUUAGAUGCAUAUAAAGUUCAGAAAUCAGAUUGAUCAUUUGAAUAUGCUCUAUACUUUGAAGAUAUUCAGUAGUUCUACCUGAUUGCUCAUCAUUUUUAUGAUUUUCAUUUAUUGCUUAUUGGUUUUAGCACUAAGUCAUAGUAAGUUACAUGUUACACUGUGUUUGUUUUGUUUCAUUUCACUUGGCUGAGCACAUUAAACUAAGAUUCACUUCAUUCGUCUUAUAUGACGAGAUUGUUUAAUUGUCUACUUCUUUCUGCACAAUAACAUUGUUAUACCAUGGUGAAAGUUUAAACUUAUAAGAAUAACUGUUCAAUUCA